AUGAUCCUCCUCCUGCUCACUGUGGUGCCAGUAGCCGCCUUCACACCCUGGGCGCGCAACGACUCGGCCGCGUACGUCUUUCGAGACCACGUUACUGGCGUUUUGGAGAAGCGGCGUCGCAAACUCGACGCGCUGCGGCGGAAGGGCGGCGACGCGAUCAUCCGCGACGCCGUCGGCCGCGGCUUGCACUGGAACGCGCUGGGCGUGGCGUUCCCCCGCGAUGCACGAGACGACGCGUUCGAGAAGUUCGCCCAGACGGUCGUUGCGCACCAGCCGGUGGACCGGGCCAUGCUGCGGCACGACACUUUGGCGGGGCGGCGCCUUACAGCGGCUGACCACGACGCCAUGCGUUCAGAGAGGCGGCGCCUCGCAACGGUCGACGCGGACCAGAUCGGUGCGACCGGUGACGAUGCGAGAAACUCGAGGCGGCGCCUCGCGGCCCACGACGCGGGCCGCCUCGACGCGACGGGCGCUGCAAUUAUUGACGACUGGGGGUUGUCGUUCGAAAAUGUGACGCGGAUCUCGCUAAAAGCCCACGCGGCGCUCGGCAGAGAAGCACGCAAGCAGAACCUGACGGCCGGCGUCGUCGAGGCGACGCUGCUCCCCGGCGACGUGGCGGCCUGGCUCGCGUCGCCGCGGCUCCGGGCGGCCCUCGACGCCUACCUCGGGGCCAAGGCCUACGUACGCACAAGAAUCGGGGCGCUGCGCCUGACGAAUCGGCUCACGGCGCCCUACUCCGGGGCGGAGCCGAACCUGCUUGGGUACCCUUCCGGUUUUUGGCACCAUGAUAGGUGUGGAAGGCGGGUUAAAGCCUUCUUGUUCUUGCACGAUGUCAAGGCCGACGGACGGCCGACCUUAAUUGCUGAGGCGUCGCACCGGACGCAUUACUACGAAUACAAAGAUCUUUUACAGAGCCGCUUCUCGGACGAGUAUAUUUCUAGCAAUUACGACGUCGUGCAGCUGGUCGGGCCACGCGGCGGAGGCUUCCUGUUCGAUACCAACACGAUCCAUAAAGGUCGGAGCGAUGGAAAGCGCGGGCGGACGGUGAUCAUCGCCGACUUCAUGGAUACGCGCAAGCUCUACACGUUCAAGAAGCUGCGCUACCGCGGGCCCUGCGGGCAGCACCGGACGGUGAAGAUGGGGGGUGAAGACAUUGCGUGCCAAUCUUGGUGCCGCCGGUAG